GACCCGGCCCUUGCCAUCGUCACUGUACAGUUCUCACACUCAAAUCAAGCAGCUCAAUUCAGCAGAUAAGUAGCCAUGGUACGGCGUGGUGAGUCGGCUCGGUCCUACCUCCCUCCCAGCGUGUGUACCGCACCGGCCACUGUUGCCAACGCAGCCAAGUCCCGCUGCAUCCACACAGUGCCCAAGGCUUCACACACGCAGGGGGGGAGGGGAUGGGACAGCCACCCAACCACACAGAACUCUGAAAGGCCAGCAGUAUCGACAAUAUGGCUGGGAGCGUACCGCACACAUCGGAUCUGUCUGACCUACACAUCUCGCCCCGCUGCUCACACACUCCCUCGUGGCACCCUUCCUGGUGCUGCCGCACAAAUGACGUGCUUCCGCAAACACGCCAGCGCGUCGACACCGAGAAGGGCGACACAAGCAAGUGUGUGUGCGCAUGUGCCGCAAACAAAGAAACAAAGAAAAGGGCGAGCAGACCAUCCUCUACAUGUCAAUCCAUCCAUCCAUCCAUCUAGCUCUUCCGGCUAUCUCUCGAUCGAAACCCUCGUCAGUAAGUCAGCUUUGCAUUCCCCCUCUCUCUCACUGGCUGGCCUCCUCACUCUCCUCAUCUUUGUCCUCAUCGUCAUGAUCGCCAUCACCAGAACCACCAGCGGCGGCUGCCCCACCGUCCUUGCCGCCAUCCUCCUCGUCCGCCCCACCCCCGUCACCCAUCUCCUCUUCCUCUUCCUCCCCACAAUCGUCAACGUCCAUCUCGUCGUCAUCGUCACCGGCCGACUCGUCGCCGCCGCCAUCACCCGCGUCAUCCUCCUCGUUGCCAUCCUCCUCCUCCUCGUCCUCGUCGGCGAGGCCGGUGAAGGCGGGGAAUGCGAGUGCCGUGACGGCCCGGAGCGUGCAGGCGGGAAGGGUGUGGCGGGAGGCGUUGGCCCCGUGGCAGACGGAGAAGAACGCCGCGAUCUGCACGCAGGGAGUGUGGUGCGCGUGGGGGGCAGGCAGGUAUGGUGUGUCACCUACCUGUCGUCUGACACGCUUCGGCAACGCCGCGAAGUGAGCCGGCGUGAAGUUCUCCGGCAGCACAUCUGACCACACAACACACGAACGGUAGACGAUACAGACACCACCGUGCCCACAUGCUUGGUCUGGCGUCUUACCAGGCACCGGCUUGUCGCAGUGAAAGCCGAUAGAGCUGACACCCACACACAGCACAACAACGCAUCCAGGCACAUGCACACUCAGCCGUGGCCCCUCUCUCUACCUGAGUGCCCCCCUUACUCGAUGGAUUCGCCGCUUCGACCUAUCACGUGUCGUGGCACCACUCCCUCACCUCCAUCACACUCGAAACUCCACUCAUGCCGCUCGCCUCCAUAGGGCCAGAGUGCAUUCCACCCGAUGCCGUUGGGGCGGUUGGUGGUGAUCCGCAGGACCUUGGCGCAUCGGUUGCCGGCCCCGCCAGGGCCGGGAGGGAUGGUGUUGCUGCUGCCUUGGACGUAACUGAUGUACUCCCCUGGCUGGAGGGUGAGGGUCUCCGACGAGUGAAGGUGCAUGUGCAGCGUGCCGGGCCCUUCGAAGCCGUGCGUGAGAGUCACACGCUCGCCAUCAACCACAGACACGUACGUUGAUGAGAUCUGCAAACACAAGGAGAAGUGGGCAGAAGGAGGAGAAGAAGACCUGAUCUGCCCUGUCGCAGUGGCUUCCGUGGGUGCGUGUGUAUGUGUGUGUGUACCCGUGCUAAGGCAUGCGUCCAUGGGGUCACUCGGAUGGCCGAGAGGCGCCACUCAUUCACCUCGCGGUCCGCAUGACGCUGAAUGAGGGUGGCGCGGUCAUCGAAUGCACCACCACCACUCCCUCCAAAGGUGAAUGUCAUAUGACCGUCGCUGUAGCUACGAAACGUCAUUUUUUGUUUUGUG